CAUACACAACUUAUCAAUCUCUCUUCCUAUUAAUCAACAAAUCGAACCAACUUUUUUCUUUAAGAUUCUAACAUGGGACGGAUCGAGUCUGCUGCUCCGCCUUCCCCUUACAACAAUGAUCAACAAAAUAACGCACCACCUCUAGUUAAUCAACCGGCAGCGCCGGCCUAUCCUUCGCUGCCGGUUGGUCAACCUGAGGCCUACCCUUCACCUCCGGUUAAUCAACCUGCGGCUUAUCCUCCACCUCCGGUUAAUCAACCGGAGACCUAUCCUCCACCGCAAGUUAAUCAACCGGAGGCCUAUCCUCCGGUUAAUAAACCGGAGGCGUACCCUCCGGUUAAUAAACCGGAGGCAUACCCUCCACAAGGCAACUACUAUCCACAAACUCCACCUCCAGCAUAUCCUUCGCCUUCUCCACCACCAGUACAGUUCCCUCCGACGCCGACUAAGGGACAAUUUGAGGCUAAUGAUCCCCCGCCGGUGCAAUAUCCACUACCUGAAGAGAAUACCCAACAACAGUACAAUCAAUAUCAACAACAGCAACAACAACCGCAGAUGAAUACUAAUUUUGCUCAAUUUAAUCAACAAAUUCCUGUGGCAAGUGGAAUUCCCAUUAAUGUACCAGCUUCAUAUAAUGAGGAAUGGACAUCUGGAUUGUUCGAUUGCAUGAACGAUCCAAUGAACGCUGUUGUCACAUUGUGCUUUCCCUGCCUCACUUUCGGACAAAUUGCAGAGAUCAUCGACAAUGGUCAAACUUCAUGUGCUACAAGUGGACUUAUUUAUGGUCUAGUAGGGGCUUUCAUUGGGAUACCCUGUAUUAUGUCAUGUUCAUAUCGAACUAAACUGAGGAACAAAUAUGGACUCAUAGAAAGUCCUGCACCCGAUUGGAUCACCCAUUUCCUAUGUGAACCAUGUGCACUUUGUCAAGCUUAUAGGGAGCUUGAACAAAGGGGACUCGACCCAUCUAUCGGAUGGAUUGGAAAUGUGGCGAGGCAACAACAACAAGCGGUUAUGAUGGUGCCAGCAACUCAGAAUAUGAACGGUUAUUGAUGCAUAUUUUCUACAAGUAUUGAAUUUGAAUGUUAUAUUUAUUAUGAGGUGACAAAUAAGUUGAGAAAAGAGAUAUUUCAAUCAUAGAGUUGUGUGAAAGAUAAUUGUUGAUCAAAUUGAUAGGGAUGUUGUAACUUGUAAUAACCCUUUAAGGGUAUUUCUUUUUAAUUGUUAUGUAAAAGUACUCUUACCAUAA